AUGAAGAAAAUCGUGGAUACAGGACCACGCGACACCAUUGCAGGCCGCCUGGAAGACAUGUUUACGGACGUCAACCAGCAGAGCGACCGGUGCGUGAUUCAGAUCUCAGAUGGGAGCUUUGGAACUAUUGCAGGAGAUGCCGCGCUGAGACUUGACUUGGGGAUGCGGCUCAUGGCCGCGUUCCGCAUGUAUCAAGACCUGCCGACCGACGCGCAAAAGAAAGACCGCUUGGCGAAAGCGCGAAUGAAACCAGACGAGGCCAUCGCUGAACACGCUCUGCUGGCCGCUCGGAAGCCAGGGCGGUUCCGGUACGCAAAUCGCGAGCAGCGCAUCCAACAAGUGGUUGACGUGUUCGCGACGGCCGUUCCGAUGUCGACGCCGAAGCAUCGGAGCAUGCGGAUACCAGCGUGCGCGUCCAGCCUCCAAACCGAUACGGAAUACCCCACGAUCUGGAUCACGAACGCGAUAAACCCGGCUGUUCCUUCCGAAGCUGGACGAAGCGGCAGAAUCGGAUCAGACCGAGCUGCGCUCGUUGUUCAUCAGAAGGUCGGUGUAUUUGGCCUACUUCGACAACCUCCAUCGACCCAGGGCUGCACUGCAGACCGCGACGCGACAAAUCGAGAUGUGUCCAUGACUGACCGGACAUCCCCACCAUUGGAGCUGGACGCGCCACACGACGACUCGCAUCGAGCUGAUGACCAGAGGUCCACGCUGCAGCUAUUACGGCGAGACAUUGAGAAUGAGCGGUCAAAGUUAGAUCAGCUCAAUGCUCUGCUUGCCGCAGCGCAGGCCAAGAUCGAGGAUAAGGAAACGCUGUUGGGGAUGCUCGCUAGACAAGAGGAGGAACAACACGCCAAGAUCGAGGAGACGGAAACUUUGUUGGGACUACUCGCUACACAAGAGGAGGAAAACACGCCAAGCUGCGACAGUUGGAAGAGAUGCAGCAGGAGCAACAGGAAAACUGGAUCGCUUGACACAAAGGGUUGCAUCUCUUCGCGAGACCUUAUCCUGGCAACGAAAUUCGGCAAAUCACUUUAUGUUAAGUCGACGCAUUACCUGCCCUCCGACUGUCAAGGAGCAGCCUUUAUCCUCCAAUGCAUCAUGAGUCGAAGACAUAAUUUCAUGGCGCGAGCUUGGCACCCAUUUCGCAAGGGUUACGCCGUCGAAGAGAGGCAGGAGAAGAACGUCGAUGCGUUUGUCUUCGCGGCAAAAGUCACAAAAGCCUCGAAGUGCCUUGCCGUUCUCCGUCCAGUAAGAGCGGGACUCUCCAGACAGCAGAGGGUUGGCAUUCGUGGAAAUAGUCAUACCCCUAGCAAAGACUAUUGA